AUGUCGCGGGAGCUGGCCUUUGCCGCCGUCCUGCUCCUACUUGCUGCAGCCAGUGUAGCCCAUGCCGAGUGCCCUAGCUUUGCCCCAUACAACGCUAACCUCUUUCGCAACGGUGGUAAGGGGUAUGUGUUCUCGGACGCACAGUACACGUACGACAUCGCCAUCUGUGAGCCCCUCUCCUCGUCGGUGUGCAGCGGUCAGUCGGACAUCACCGUGUGCCAGGAAUGGGGCCCAGGCGCCAGCGAGAACAAGAUCCUUGGUGCCGAAAAGUACUCCUUCUCAUCGCUCUCCAGCUCCUCCGACGAAGGCUUUAUCCUUACUAUGGGCGGCGUCACAGAUAGUGAUUGCCUCCCCUCGGGCAACCAGGCAAAGCUGACCCUCACCUGUGAUCGCUCUGUCACCGGUGACCUCAAGUUCAGCUACGAUGGCUACGCCGCGUGCUCGGGCCUCUCCCUUGGCUCCAUCAUCCUCAUCAUCGCCCUCGUCCUCUCUGUUGUUUACCUCAUUGCCGGCAUGGCCUGGCAGUACAAGAAGGGCGAGCGCGGCGUCGUCGGCCUCCUUCCGCACAAGUCGUUCUGGGCCUCGAUCCCGGGCCUCAUCAAGGACGGCUGUGCCUUUACCUACGACAAGAUCCGUCAGGUUACCUCGUCGGGCACGUCGUACUCGUCGGUCCCGUAA